AUGCCACGUACCAAAAGAAGAGCAGCCAAGCGUUCGACUGUUGAAACAAACUCGACUGCUGUAAAUGCUACAAUGGGCAAUCCAUCGAAAACUAUGAAAGAUAUUUUAUGCGAAUUUGACUGUGAAAAACAAAAUAUUGAAAAUUAUUUUUUUGCCAUAUUUGAAAACUAUAGAAAUUUAAUUGAAAAUUCAUUUUUAAUGACAAAAAUGAAUAUUGGUGAUUUAUUACACAGUAAUCUCUAUGACACGAUUUUUAAACAAUAUCUAACAAAAUCCAACCAUGUAACUAAAGAACUUGAACAACCUUCAAGGCCAAUUACCAAGUAUGCAGAAAAUAGAAUGACCAGACAAAAAAGUGUGUCUGUUUCAGUAUUCAAGACCAAUGGUUCUACUGCUUCUAAAACAGUAAUAAAAUGCUGUAGUACUACACAUAUUGAUGAUGAUCAGCCAGUAUUAACAGGAAUAAUAGAAUCUAAAUUUAAAACUCCAAUUAAUCAACUACCCCUAUCUUCUUUAGCAACAAUUACACCAAAAUUAAAUAUGAAUGAACCUAUGUCUAUGAUGAGGCGUCCAAAUCAAGGAGAAAUUGCACUUUCAAUGACAGGAAGUCCACUCAUGGUUUCAUCGGUUUCUAGAGAUGACAUGGCUACAGUCAGUGUACCAUUAGCCAAUGGAAAUGUUCUUUCCAUAUUACCUAGAGUUGGUUCUACUAUGGACAUAUCAUUUGAUGAACAGACUAAAAGUGAAUUACUUAUUCUCAAGAAAAAUAUUGAAGGGCUAUUGAAAAUGAAUGAAGGUGUAUGAAUAUACAAAAAACAUGUAUUUUCUAUUUAUCUAAAACAAAACAUUUAUAACUAUGUACUGAUAA